GAGGCUGCAUGGCCGCCGCGAGCCACCGUGGCGCGGUGCAGUGUGGGGCAUGUAGUCCAAAGCGGGGAGAAGAUGGCGGAGUGCUUGGAGCGAGUGCGGGUGUCGGAGGCCGAGCUAAGGGAACUGGUCAGGAGCCUUGGUCCAGCGACAGCCCGCGCCGACAUGUGCAAAGAAGUUAAAGAGCCUCGGCAAAGGAAGGACAACCGGCGCCCUGAUAUUCAGAUCUACCAGCCCGGUAUAUCGAGGCUAAGCACAAACAAGCAGAGAGCCACAGAGGGUGAGGAAGUAGAUCAUGGGGGACGUAAGGAUGGCUCUUGUAAGUUAGUGCCAGAGAGGAGCACUCCCUCAACUGGUGAGGACCAUCGUUUUGGAGUUAGUACUCAGAGAUGUAUGAACAGGAAUGGGCAGCUGGAUAGAAAUGGUGAUGAAGAUUUGAAGUGGACUGAUGAGCAAACUGGGCCAAAUUGCAGUUGUGCUACUGUUGGGAAGCAGUUAAAAAAGACGAAGAAACCCGAUCGGCAGAUCUACCAGCCAAAUAGACGGAUGCAAGGGCUCAGCGUGGAGUCAACUGCUGGCCUAGGCAACGAGGAACUGGUGAGGAAGGUGGAGGAGCUGAGACUGGCAGACUACGGUAAGGCUGCCUGUCCCGGCGAGGAGCGCCUGGAGGUCCGAGAGAAGAUCCAGCCAGCUGAGGGGGCCAAACCUGGGAAGAGGGAGAAGGGGAGAAGAGGGGGGAGGGAAGAUGGUGCAGACGAACCUGUGGACAGUCAAAUUAGCCGCUCGCAGGCCAGAGCGGAGAAAGCGGGGGGGCCGUCCAAGCGUUACUCCAGGUCUGACAAACGCAGGGGCCGCAAGCGUACUUGCAGUACGAGCUCCGCAGGAAGCAGCAACAGUCUAGAUGGUCCCCAGUGCCCACACCGGCCCGCUGACGGGGAAAGGAAGAGGACAGUGGGGAAGGACAGGAAGACUGCCGGAGAGCGGAAGGAAAGGUUGAGACCUUACAAGCAGGUUUCAAUCUCCUCUACAGACUCUUUGGAGGAAGAUGUUGCUGAAGAGAACAGAGCUCACACACCUGAAAGGUGGAAAGCUUUUGAGAAAGAGUGGCCUGUUGGCAGAGAUGAUGGGCGGUCAGACUGCAGGACCAGGGAGGAUAAGGCCUCGCCCAAGGUUGUGUUCGACAGUGAGACUGUUACAUCCAAGUUAAACUCUGAGGAAAAGACUAAAGGGAGAGGCAAAGCCAGCAGACCAGUGUCCAAACUCAGCCUGUCAGCAGGCAAGUUCCAUCAGAGCACAGAGAGAAGGGAGAAUGUGGAAGAGCCCAGAGGGAAGGGACGGGGUAUCUUGGUCCUGCCUGCCAACACCGAUCUAUCGUCCACAGCGCCUGGGUCUCCUGACACCCCACAAGCGGGGCCAAGGCUCCUCUUUGGUCACAGUUCCCGCAGCCGGGGUCGAGGUGGGACAUCCCGCCGUCUCUGGGACCCCAACAAUCCCGACCAGAAACCUGCACUGAAGGGUCAGGCCACCCUGUUGCACUUCUUGGACACUGAUGAUGAAUGCAGUUCAUCCUCCCAAGGUGAGACCUACUCCUCAUACUCACACCCGACCCCCACGGCGUUCUACAAGUUCCAGAACUCGGACAAUCCGUAUGGUUACUCUAGGACGGCGGUGACUGGCCCACAGUAUUCCUACGGGGCGUAUCCCAUACCCUACCAGAUGGGUGGUAAUAACAGCCUCUACUCAGCGCAGUAUUACCCGGGCUACCCGCCUCCGCAGUUGGUGGCUCCCUACCAGGCUGGGCAGAUGAACCCAGAGGAGGUGGAGCAGCACGUGCAGACCCUGCAUCACCAGGAACUGGGGAAGCUGCUGCGGAUGGCAGACAACCAGGAGCUGCAGCUUAGCAACCUGCUGUCCAGGGACACUGUCAGCAAGGACGGCUUGGAGAGGAUGGCCCAACUCAGGGCAGAGAUUCUGCUCUUGUAUGAGCGUUGCAUUCUCUCAGAUAUUGAAUAUUCUGACAAUCAGAAUGUGGAGCAGACAAUGUGGAAAAAUGCCUUCUACCAGGUCAUUGAGAAGUUCCGGCAGAUGCUCAAGGAGCCCUCUGGAGACAACGGGGUGGAGAUCCGAGGGAGGCUUUUAAAAUUAUUGGAUGAGGGAACCAGCUUCUUUGAGAACCUCCUGCACAAGCUGCAGGUCACGUACCAGUUCAAACUGGAAAACUACAUGGAUGGGAUGGCCAUACGUAGCAAGCCUCUUCGUAAAGCGGUGAAGUAUGCAUUGAUCAGUGCUCAGCGGUGUCUGAUCUGUCAGGGAGAUAUUGCCCGCUACAGAGAGCAAGCAAAUGACACCACCAACUACGGCAAGGCACGCAGUUGGUACUUGAAAGCUCAACAAAUUGCACCAAAAAACGGGCGACCCUACAACCAGCUGGCUAUUCUGGCCAUCUAUACGAGGCGGAAGCUGGAUGCUGUAUACUAUUACAUGCGGAGUCUGGCUGCUAGUAAUCCAAUUCUUACAGCCAGAGAGAGUCUGAUGAGCCUCUUCGAAGAAACGAAAAGGAAGGCUGAGCAGGCAGAACUCAAGAGACACAGGGAAUCAGAUCACAGCCCAGGCCCCAAAGUCAGGGGCAAGAAGCAGACUUUUCGGCAGGUUGGGGAAGAUACCAGCAGGGUGGAGGUCUGGAUCCACACUACCCAUCCUCACUUCCUUCAGGGUAAUGAGCUGAACAGGGAUGAAGCGACUUCAGAGCAAGACGAAGACCUGGGAAAUCUCUCUCCCAGUGAUCUGAAUAAAAGAUUUAUCCUGAAUUUUCUUCAUGCCCAAGGGAAGCUCUUCACCAAGAUAGGAAUGGAGACCUUUCCAUCAGUGGCUGCAAGCGUUCUAAAGGAGUUCCGAGUGUUGCUUCAGCACAGUCCAUCCCCUCUUGGUAACACGCGGAUGCUGCAGCUGAUGGCUAUAAACAUGUUUGCAGUGCACCGCUCUCAACUCAAAGAUUCUGGUUCGGAGAACUGCCGAUCAGUCAUUCAGGAGCACGCUACCACACUGGGACUGGCCAUGUUUGGUUUGCUUGUUGAACGUUGCGUCAAACUGUUAAAGGAAGCUGCCCAAGUCCACUCGAGUGAGGCGGAGGAGGAAGAUGAUAUCAAAGUGUCAGCUUUCAGCGUUGACUUGAAGGAGCUGCUUCCCAGUGUGAAGGUGUGGUCUGACUGGAUGCUGGGCCACCCGGACGAAUGGAACCCACCACCAAACUCGCUCAUUCUGUCAAAGGAAAUUGCCAUCGACGUGUGGGCCACGUUGGCAGAGUUCUGCAACGUUUUCACAGCCGUCAACCAGUCCGAGGUACCGCUGUACAAGGACCCGGAUGAGGACCUCACCCUGCUUGUUCUGGACGAGGACAAGAUCCUCUCAGGCUUUGUUCCUCUCCUGGCUGCCCCUCAGGACCCUUGCUACGUGGAGACAGCCGCAGAUAAGGUAAUAGCGGCUGACUGCAAGAGGGUCACAGUGCUAAAGUACUUCCUGGAAGCUCUUUGCGGCCAAGAAGAACCUCUGCUGGCAUUCAAGGGUGGAAAAUAUGUGUCAGUGGCACCCAUCCCAGACAGCCUGGGAAAGGAAGAUGGAGGCCAACAGGGAAAACAACUGAAAGAUCAGGAAGAAGAUGUCAUCAUUGAAGAAUACGAGGGACAGGACACUGAAGCUGAAGGCAGCGGAGAGGAAGAUGAUAUAAAGGAGCUGAGAGCAAAAAAGCAAGCUCUGACUAAAAAGUUUGCUGAGCAGAAGCGCAGACAGGAAAAGAUCCAGGCCCUGUUAGAAGAUCAGACUUUGAAGAGGCAGAUCGAGAUUGAGAUAACACCUGUGUUUCUCGUGCCAGACACCAAUGGAUUUAUUGAUCACCUCCCUGGCCUGGCCAAGCUGCUGGAUAGUAGACUGUACAUCAUCGUGGUCCCUCUUAUUGUGAUUAAUGAGCUGGACGGCCUGGCGAAAGGCCAGGACGCAGACUACCACGCUGCAAGCCAUGCCAGAGUUCUGCAGGAGAGAGCCAAGAGAGCCAUCGACUUCUUGGAGCAAAGGUUUGAAUCCCGUGACUCAUGCCUGAGGGCCCUGACCAGCAGAGGUAACGAACUGGAGUCGAUUGCAUUCAGGAGUGAGGAUACAACAGGACAGCAGGGAAACAAUGAUGACUUGAUCCUUUCAUGCUGUCUCCAUUACUGCAAGGACAUGGCCAAGGACUACAUGCCAGUACACAAAGAUGAGCCCAUCCGCCUGCGACGUGACGUGGUGCUACUGACUGAUGACCGCAACAUGAGGGUGAAAGCCUUGACUCGCAAUGUGCCUGUCCGACCCAUCCCGGUCUUCCUGAAGUGGGCCAAGGUGGGCUGAGGUGACAGAGCUAUC